CCAGUGGGUCAAGCACUCAAGCCUGUCGUGAUUUUGUCUAAAGCUCAAGUCAAGAUCAGAAUAAUCUUUCUAUUUCGUGGGAUCGGAAAAUAAACAGACUUGUGAAAAUAAAUUACAAUACUGCCCGCUAUAGUGUAACUAACUAAUCUGUGAGACAAACGGGCUAGUGUAGAUUUCAGAUUAGAAUUACGAAUUAGAUAAAUUUAGAUAUCUGAACGUUUACUGUUGUUGUUACUACUAAACUAAAACUUUACUGCUUACUGCAGUUUGCAAUGGGUUUUGAUGAAGGUCUUAUAACAUUAAAUAGUGACAAUGGUUCCUACUUUCCUGGGCAAACAGUUUAUGGUAAAUUAGUUUUUAGUCAGGACAAAAUUAAGAAGUUUCGAGGUAUUUCUGCAAAAUUGAAAGGAUACUGUAAAAUUCAUUGGACUACUCACCACAGUCGAAGAAAUAGUCAGGGUAAAAGUGAAUCUUAUACAGUCACUCAUGAAUCCUAUGAAGAAUAUAUUAAUCACAAAGCCUUUUUAAUAGGAGGAGAGAGGGGUGAAGUGGAAUUACAACCAGGUAAGUAUGAAUUCCCUUUCGAGUUCCAACUGCCGGGUAAUUGCCCAUCAUCAUUCGAAGGGACCGUGGGACACGUACGAUAUGAGAUCAAAGUGGUUGUCGACAGGGCAUUUAAGAUUGACCAAGAGAAAAAAGUUGCCGUUCGAAUUAUUUCGCCUUUGGAUUUAAACCAGGACCCUUACUGUCGGGAACCCAUAGAGUUUGAAUUCGAAGAUGUGUACUGCUGCUGCUGUUUAAGCCGGGGUGCCACAGACACCGUAGUGAAACUACCGGUGGCGGGGUACUGUCCUGGGCAGCUGAUACCCAUCGAGGUAGCUUGUGAGAAUAGUGGCCGUGUUACUAUAGAUGACAUUAAGCUGAUGAUUAAGAAGAAAGUAACAUACCACGCAAGUACGAACCCCGCUACGCGAGAGACGAAGGAUUUGAUAGCAGAGAUCAAGAAAGGACCAAUUCCUGGUGACACCACUCGUAAUUGGACUGUAGAAAUGGUGGUGCCUUCCAUUGACAUUUACAAUCUUGCUGCCUGCAGAUAUAUUGACGUGGAUUAUACAUUCAAGGUUGUGGUAUCACCUAGUGGUUGCCACAGCGACUCCAAAGGCUAUAAGCGGUUAGUUAUCGGGAACAUACCUUUAGUGGGUUACCAAGACGAUAUCCAGAACCCUCUACAUGAUCAAAUGCCGCAAAUUAGUGCGCCCAUUGUCAACCAGCCGUCAAAUCAGGGGAACGUUUCUUACCCCGCACCUUAUCCUUACCCCGAAGUGACUCCUUAUCCUUCGGGAGCUUCCUAUCCUGUUACAACCCAAUAUCCUUCGACCCAAAAAGCUCAAACUCCAUAUCCGCCAGACCAAAUUGCUGCAAACAUGCCAUACCCACCGCCGUACUCUCAAGGUUCUCAAAACCCACCAUAUCCUCAAAGUUCCCAAAACCCACCAUAUCCUCAAAGUUCCCAAAACCCACCAUAUCCUAAAAGUCCUGCUUAUACAUCAGGAGUUGCAGCACAGUCUUCACCAGCCAAUCCACCAUAUCCAACACCUCAAAAUAUGCCUUCAGCAAAUCCACCAUAUCCUCAGAACACACCUUAUCAAGAUACCCAGUAUCCCUACAAGGGAACUGGAUUAAAAACAGGAACAAUUGGUUUCACCGUUCCGACAUCAGUGGCUUCAGAAGGGAAUCCUCCAAGUAUGCCAGCAGUGACCCCAGCGAAUCCAUUUGCUACUGCUAGCGCUCCGCCCGCUCUUGACAAGGAAUAAUAAUUAAGUUAAUUUAAUGUCUAAGUUAUACUUACGCAUUUAUCUAACAUUAUACAAUUAAAAAUCGCGCUUCCUGAUCAGAAAUUUGUAAUUUACAAAAUUAAACGACAUGCCAGGUUGGCUGUAAAGCAAUUUAUAUUUUCAAUAAUUAUAAACAACAGCACUGUCUUGAGUUGUUGCAUUUUUAAAUGGAGCAAGCUUUUUUCAUAACAAUUAUAUUGUCCUUAUAAGAUAUGAUCAAAGAUCAUUUUAGAGUAAGUUUUAUAAUAAUAUUAUGCAGUUGCGCCUUUCCGAGCUUGAGAUAUUUUUUAAUAUUUUGAAAAUAAAUAGCUAGCUUAUUGUACUUUGUAAUAUUGUAGCGUACUAAACGUGAAAAACUUUGAAAUCGGUCUAGUAGCUUGUGACGAGUCUUUCAUUUUCAUUUUAUUAGUAUAGAUAUGUUAUCUUUAUAAGAUGAAGAGAUUUUAGAGUAAGUUUUUAUAUUUUUAUAAUGCGAAAUCCCGUUGGUACUACACACUUAAGUAUUGUUCCUACAAAUCGCGAGUAUAUUCUUUAUUAGCAUUGUUGGUGUUAUUAAUUUUUUUACCUAAACGUCCGAGC